AUGCACAGCGUAGUAAGCAAUCAUGAAUUUAUUUCUUCUGAGCAACUUUCGGUGAAUUUCAACAGCGAUGACAUUCAAACCAACGACGAACAGGAUAUAUCAAUAUCAUCAGGUCUGGUCGAAGAAGUAUCGUUUCUUAACACUCCUCGAAUAGACAGACGCGUUGAUCCACAAACAAGUAGAGCAAGAUCUCAAUUACGCUCAACUUACCAAACAUCAACGCCCAAUGUUAUUUAUCAAAAAAGAGAAAUCAAAACACGACAUCGAAGAAGAUCGGAAGAGGGCAUUCCUCAUGCAACUGCUGCGAACGAUAGAGCAUUAAUCUAUGAUACACCUUUACAUGAACUGCACGCUUGGUUAACGAGUAACUUGAAAGAUAGUGGUCUUGUUCCAUUGGCAGAGGCUCAAAAUUUUUAUAAUCAAAUUAUGAAACAAUACAACCAAGAUGAACAUUCCUUUGAUUAUACUACGAUUCGUGGUGACAUCCUACGAAAACAAUUAGAGUCACAAUUUCCUGAUUAUUACCAUUUUGAAACUGUUAAUAAACGAAAUGGUACUUAUAUAGCUUUAAAUAACGUAAGUCAUUAUUCUCGUGCAGCAAUUUCUCUGAGCAAGUCUUCGACGCUCGAUGUAUCUGAUCGUCAACAACCAACUACAAUUAUUUCAGAGGCAUUUGAUGAAGAUCAACGUGAAAAAUGUAAAAUAAUAUUUGAUGCAGUGCGACUGCUUCGUAACAACAUGAAAAACACUUUACAUUUACUGGAAACAUUAUUUAAAGAACCAAACAAGAUGACCGAAUUGACUAGUGACCUGUUUGCUGAUUGUGUACCGUUGGUAAUUCGCAAUUUUAUAGGCUUACUUACUUCGAACAAUCGGCAUUUUAAAAAUCUUGAAAACGAAUAUAAUUAUUAUGACAUUUUUAAAAAAGAUCUUUUUCAAACAAAUCGCAAAUCAUUAAAAAAUAUUGCCAUUGGUUAUGAUAUACUGAACGCUAAGCAUGAUCAUAUUGUUUCACCUAAACAUAUAUUAUUAGCUAAUGAAAUAUGCAAACACGGCCGAUCAAACGAACUUAUGUCGAUCAUGAAUCGAUUUGGCCAUGCAGCUUCGUAUAAAACAAUCACCCGUGUUCAUCGUAAAGUUGCCAAUCAACAAAUAGCCAAAUCAUCUGUUCCAGCUGAUGUUCUUCCUGACUGUUACUUAGUACAAGUGGCUGAUAAUUUUGAUCUUAAUCGAGAAACGCUCCACGGCGAGCGUAGUUAUCAUUUUCUAAAUCGAAUACUCGUUCAAACAUAUGAGAAUAAUUUCAAACGACCAAUGGUGCAGCUAGUUGAUAACCAUAAUCAAUUAUCUAGUGCGACAUUAUCUAUCGAUGGCCCAACUACUACUAAUUUCGAUGCAUCAGAUGAAGUAUCAUCGGUAAAUUUUCAACAAUCGAUCGAUCAGUCGACUUCAACUCAUUGCGAAGAUGAAUCAUCGAUCAACAAAAUUCGAGCAGCUGAUGAAGCAUUACGUGAUCAUUCAAUGACAUUUUAUCAUGAUUUUGAGCCAUUUAUUGAUAAUACUCUCAAUCCUCAUUUGUUUGCAUAUGGAUGCAUCAAAGCUUAUUAUAAUCGUUUAGGAAUAAACAAUCUUCCAUUAUAUUCAGGCUUCAUGGCAACAUAUUUACCACAUGCCAUUCGACCAAGACAUAAAGUUACGUUUAUGGCUCCAAUAAAUCAAGAUCCAAAUAAGUCAGAAACUGCCAAAGAGUGCAUGGUUCAAAUGAAGAAAAUGUUAAUAGACAGUGGAUUACAAAACAAUGCUGUGCUUGUAGUAGAUGAGAGGAUUUUUCGAUUAUGCAUGGAGGUCAAAGAUGAAGAAUGGCUGAAUUUUCAAAAUAUUUUUCUUUAUCCUGGUGAUUUUCAUAUGAUGAAAUGUGGAAUGACUGUUAUAUGGGGCUUGCUAGAAGAAUCAGGGAUUGAUAUUUUAAUUGGUGAAUUGUAUAAAGGUGCUACACAUCGGGCUGUUCUAUCUGUUGCUCAUUUUAACAAAUCUUUGCGUGCCAUUAAAUUAAUUUUUACGGCAUUACACAUUCUUUUACACAAUGAAUUUGUGCAAUCAUUACCGACAACAUUAAUUGACCAAUUUGAACAGUGUAUGAAUAAAAUGCCAUCAAAUUUUACCAAUGUGGAUGAUAAUCAACAAUGGUACGCUUAUGUACUCGACUUUUUAUCGAAUGCUAAAUUGAAAAAUGUAUUUGAUCGUUGGAUUGAUGAGAGUUGUGAAAAAAACUUGAAGUUUCGUUUUUGGACAUUUGUUUUGCUCGAUUUAAUUACUCCUUUAAUUAAAUUAUAUACUGCAUUACGCACAAGUAAUUUUUCUGCUCGAAAUGCGGCCGUUUGUGAUUUAGCUGAAUUAUUCUUUUCUACAAAUCAUCGACAAUAUGCUCGUUUAACCGCUCGCCAUCUUUCGGAUCUUCGUGUAUGUUCACAACAAUACUUUGAUUAUCUUUCGAAAAGCUUCGCUGUUUCGCGUAGUAAUCGAAAUUUUAGUACGAUUGCUCUUGAUCAAACAAUUGAAGUAACGAUUAACAAGAUGGGCAAAGGGCAUGGAGGUAUUACAGGUCGUUGUUCCACGGAUUUAAUUGAUGUAUGGUCAGAAUCGUAUGCUUUUCGAUCUAUGCUUUCUACAAUUACCAGUGAAUUGGCUGGUGUUGAAUCAGCGUCCAACAGCAUUGAAAGUCAUAUUGAAUGUUCAUCGUCUCGCAUGUCGUCAGAUCAUGUCGAUUUACAAAUUAUUCUGAAUAAACUCGUUGAUGAAAAAUUAUUUUCAUUAGAUACGGACAAUGUUACUCAACUUUUCACGUGA